AUGGAAAACGAAUUGACUUGUUGCAUUUGUCUUGAAUUGUUGGAAACACCGAUCAUUCUAUCAUGUUCGCACAAUUUCUGUAAGAAAUGUGUGAGAAGUUUACUCGAAAAUGGCGAUCAUCGGUUUUCGCUGCGGCGCAGAUCGUUCAGCUGUCCAACCUGUCGUACGAAUUAUAGCCUGGGUUACAAAGAUGUCGACGAACUACAGGUGAACAGAGCACUGGAAAACAUCAUUGCACAGUACAAGAAAGACAAGGAAGCAUCGCAUGCAGUGAUUGGAAGUCACAAACGCAUGUGUGAGCUUCAUAACGAGAGUUUGCUUUUUUACUGUUCGUCGUGCAAGGUUCUUGUCUGUUGUCUUUGCCAGAUUUCCGGUAAGCACAGCAAACACGAAAGUCAAGUUCACCUGGUGCAGGAUAUUUACGAGAAAUUAAAGAAACAACUUUCAUCCAGUAUUUCUGUGAUGAAGGAACAACUCAAAAAAAGGAUGGAUGACAAGAAUAUAGUGGAAUUGGAUAAAGAAAUUGAGAGUGAUUUGAAAAUUACCACCAAGGAUAUUGACGAGACAUGUGAUGAAUUGGUAUCUUGCAUAAGAUCUAAACAGAAUGCAAUGAAAGACAUGUUAACUAUGCAAGUUAGUGAUUUCCAAAGCAGAGUCACGUUGAAGCAUGAGCAAAUACAGAGAUCCAAAGAAAUUCUAGAAAAAGCCAAGAAAUUGAGAAAAUCCCAGGCCACUGAUCUUGUUCAAUUCAUAAAGGAAUGUCAAGAUGCUGUGACAAGCCUAGGAUGGGAAUCAACUGCUUUGAAAUACAGCCAAUCACAGUCUUUAGAACAGCCAAUCAUAAGAAAGUAUCUGCACACCUGGAAUGUGAAAUCAGCUUUAGCUAGAAUGUUUCUCGAGUCACAUCCAGAAACAAAUUCGGAGAGCAAACCAUUUAUUUUUAACUCAACUGUUACCUCUUCGGCUCCAUCAGUGCAACGAUUUAAAUCGGCUCGUAAAACCGGUGGUAUGUCGCAGACAGUCAGUACAAAAACAUCGCCAGACAUAAGUAUUAAAACUAUGAGUUCUAAAUUAAUACAACCUGCAUGGUCAUCAUUUUCAUUUAAAGUACCAUACCAGCCAUUUAAAAGUCCACAAGUCAAAUUUAACGCUCCACAGUCUAAUGAUGAUAUUUAUUCAGUGAAUAUAAAAACGCAGCAUCAGUGUAUCUCGGCAAUGGAACAAUAUCAACAUCUUAGUUUUGAGGAGUUGAGGCUAGAAGAUUACAAGGAAAACAGAAAAGUUGCAGACUUGUUUAAUACUACAGUAAACACACCUAUGCAGAUUAGCGAUUCAAAUGAUAAAGUAAAAGAUAUACCGGUGGCUAUAUUUGCUGUGUUCUAUAAACCAUCCCUAGAUGUACUAACCCCAUCUGCAUUCAAACCUGUCACCAGUGGUAUUCAAUGUAUGUCCCUUGAUAAAAGUAUAGAAGAGAUAAGAUUUGCUAACUACAAGAAUGGUAAUAAACCAGAAAAGAUGAAUUCAAUAUUUGGCGUAUUUGGAAAUAAACAAUCUGAAUCUCAAUGUGUGUCAAAUUCCAGCAAGAGUACAGUAUUGACAUCUUCAGUAGCCAUGUCAGAUGUAUCUCCCUGUCUGAAGUCACCUGUCUCAUUUAUGAACACUGUAAAUAAUGCAUCAAAACCAGCUUUCUCUACAUUUACUGCAGUAGACUCUAGAAAGGAAAGCUCUUCAAACUUCAUCAGUGAAGCUAAACAGGAUUCAUUACCAAACAAUGAAGUCAACAUGGAUGAUGCAGUCAGGUUUAACUCUUGUGAAGUGCCCGUCUUCUGCAGUAGAAUUAAGAAGAAACCAGUCAGACGUAUAAUCACGAGAGUUAAAUACAGCCCAUCUAAAGCGCCAGCAUCAAAGGGUUUCACAUCUGCCUUUAAUGUCUUGUCAUAUCAACCACAUGAUAGGGAUGGUUUGAUGCAAUAUAAGUUAUUUUCUUGUGGUGGCAGCGGGAGUUUCAGCUUUCCUACAGAUCCCCCGGUAUCGUGCAUGUCUGGUAGCAGUAAUAACUCUAAAGAGUUCUCACCUCAAAUGGAAGAUGCUUGUCAUGUGAAAGCGCCUGAAGUGAAAAUGUCACCAUCAUGUGAAGAUUCACCAACUCGUGUUAAAAAAGAAGCAACACCCACAGUCUGUGAUAUCAGGAGCAGCAGCAGUGGUAUGAGUUUACCAUCUGAAGAGAAAUCUUCAACUUUCUCUUUUAAAAGUAUUGACAUUGAUGCAACAAAGUUAGGAGACAAUAGUGCUUCACUGGAUUACUGCAUGGAUGGCUCAUGGUCACCAGAAUACUACUGUCCCACCUCGCCUAAUUAUUCGCCCACCUCUCCUAAAUAUUCGGCCACCUCUCCUAAAUAUUCGCCCACCUCACCUUCAUAUUCACCCCCCUCUCCUUCAUAUUCACCCGCCUCUCCUUCAUACUGUCCCACCUCUCCCACAUAUUCGCCCACAGAUGCCCCAUUGCAGCCAAAUGAUAAUAUUAGUGAGAAGGAGAUGCACAAAUCUGAACAACCUGUUAACGUGGAGUCUAUCAGUCAAGAUAUCAACGUUGAACUAUCUACGGAAUGUGAUGACAAGACGUUGCAGCUCGGGGAAGGAUUAUCAGAAGAGUAUGGUAUGAAUUCCAAUAUGAGAGUGAAAACGGAUAAACCUGUCUGUGUUACAAGUGAUAACGAAUCACUGAGUGUAAAUAAUAUUGAUACUGAGAAGUUAUAUGAUCAGAUUAUUGAUUCUAUCACAAUAGCAGUAGAUUCUACUGAUAUCAGUACUUCAACUGACACUGGAGAUUGCAGUGCAAAAUUAGAUGGAACUGAGUCACGACUGGCAGAAGCUGAAACAAGUGUUGAUACCGUACAUAGGUUUGAUGAUGUUGACUGA